GUCGGCCUUUUUGAUCUUACUUCGAAUCCACAACGUGGAGACGAAAUUGAGACCAAUGAUCAGAUGGCUAAAAAAAAGAUGAUUUGGUUAUUGCCCCAAUCUGGAAUCGUGCCAUAUUUAGGAAGGAUUAUAUCGAAGAUUCCAAUACGAAUUUACGACAAUAAACGACACUUAUCAGCGAUUCUUAGACAUGAAAAAAGGGAACGUUUUGGAAUGUACUAUCCCUCUAAACAUUGGCAGCAGUAUGCAACUUCCAGUUUCCCAGAAUUUAGGUUUUAUAGAAAAUUGAAAGAAAUCACCAAUGAUAAUAAACCACUAGCAUGCAGCAAGCGAGAGUAUUUUUCUUUGAAAAUUAAAACCGACGAAGCACUGCGUAAGUUCUCCUAUCUGGAUAAGCAAUUGCGUUGGAAAGAAGCUAGAGAGCGAUCUCUUCUCGUCUGCAUCUCGUCCACCCUACGCUCGCCUCAGGUGCCGCGCAAGGGCUUCAUUUGUGGCAUAUAUCAUUUUCACUCUGGAUGUUGUUGGGAUCACAUCUGUAAUGGCAUUUUAUUCACAAUUAAAGAUUUAUCCAUAUACUAG